AUGAGAGGAUCCCCCUUGUUCCUCUGCCUCUUCUCCCUGUCCUGCUGGGUGAAUUUGAUGCCGACAGCUGGGGACAAAAUCUUCCACUUUGGAGCCUGCAGGGUUUCCAUGAGCAUGACAGAGAUCAGGGCUGGCUUCACAGCAAUUAAAGCCAAUAUUCAAUCCAGAGACCCCAUCCGGACCCUGAGCAUCCUGUCCCACCCUCACUCCCUGCACAAGGUCAAGUCUUCAGACAGAUGCUGCAUCACUCACCAGCUCUUCACCUUCUAUGUGGACAAAGUUUUCAAGCACUGCAGGACCGAGGACUCGUUUGUGAACAGGAAAAUCAGCAGCAUCGCCAAUUCCUUCCUCAGUGUGAGGAGGAAGCUCGAGCAGUGUCAUGAGAAUAAUAAUUGUGUGUGUGGGGAGGAAUCCACGGAGAAAUUCAAGCAAAUACUUGCAAACUAUGAAGGGCUGAAUGUCACAUCUGCAGCCAUGAAAUCCCUGGGGGAGCUGGACAUCCUCUUGGACUGGAUGGAGAAAUCUCAUUAGUGGGUGGCGUUAAUUACCCACGGCUGGCUGGGGCUGAGGAGCUGCAGGGGCUUUGCAGAGAAGAGAGGGACAAUAAAUCACUGCAUCAGUGCAGUUCCUCAGCAGUUCCAGCUGCAUUCAGGCAAACCUGGAGUGCUUUCCCAGCCAGGGACAUCAGCAGAGCCUUCAUUAAGACAGAAAUAACGAGUUUGAUUAAAUCAACACCGCUGCUACCAAAGGAUGCUCCCAGGGAAAACCCACAAGGGUUUCUCUUGCUGGCAGACAUAAAGCUGUGAUCAUGUCAUAAAGUUAUUAUUUAAAUUACAGAUUGUUUUGUCUGGGGAAUGUGGGGAAUGAGUGCUGAGAGCUGGCUGGGAGGACUCUGGUGCAGCUGAUGUUGCACAAACCUGGGCUCGGUCUCAGGGCUGCUGCCACUGAUGGAUCUGGCUGAAAUGAGGAGUACAGUGUGAGAAAUGCUUCCAAGAACAGGUCCUAGCAGGUAUGUCAGGCCUCAGAAAUCCCUAUUUCCUUUUGAGAUGAUAUUUUCUGCCCUAUCAGUAAAAAAGUUUCUGUGUAAGAUAUGUGGUUGCUGAACAGAAAAAGGUUCUUGAGCGUAUUGUGCAAUUUACUGACACUCAGUAGUGAGUUUUGUGG